GAACCACCACAAAGCAAUCUCAGCCACAUUUUCUGAACCGUUGUUUUUAUGUGCAAUCCUCCAGAGCUCCAGCACUUACUCUAUGCUGUGGAUGACAAGCAUUUAUCCACAGAUUACGGAGAGUAACGCUCAAGAACAAUACUACUUAUGCGAUACCAAGUAUCAUUGAGUACAGACAGGUGCAUACCUUGGUCGCUACCCGAAUUCAAUAAAUAUGCUUGUGUGCUGGUCAUCGUAUUACUCGUAUCUGCGUCCGUGCGCGACGUGUCACGUGACGUCAUCACAUUACAGCCCCUUAGACUCGGAGCCUCGGAUCUGCUACCCCCCUCACCUCACCUUAACCUCUAACUCCCUCCUCGUUCUCAUCUUUUAACAGAACCUUUCUUCUCAACCGUCUUAUCUUCCCAAAUUAAUAAUGGUAGUUUCUCCUGCUACCAAGAAGGUCUCUGCAAAGUCUUCCAUGUCCAAGGCUUCGGGUGUCGCUGCUAAAGGACAUCAUGUGAGCCACCCUUCUUGGAUUGACAUGAUAAAGGAAUGCAUUACUAUCGCUACGGAUGGUACUCGUAAUGGCGUUUCACGACCUGCUAUCAAGAAGUUCGUCGAAUCUAAAUACCAUGUGGCGAUAAACGCCACGUCUACCAGUCAACUAAACAGGGCUAUCACGCAUGGUGCUGAUAAAGGGGACUUCGCUCUUCCUAAAGGCACUUCGGGGAAAGUGAAGCUGGCUCCCAAAAAGCAAAACGAGGACACUAAAGAGAAUGCUAAACCAGUAUCAAAGAGGUCGACUGUUGCAAAGGAAGGAGCUGUACCCGCGAAAGCCACUGCACAUAAGAAGAUUCCAGCAGCAAAGACCACGAAAACCGCUAAGACCACGAAAACAGGGGUGAGGUCCGCUCGCCCUACAGUCAAAGGCUCCGUGGCAGCAACACCCAUUAGGAAAUACGCAUUUUCUGCAAAGAAAGCAAGGACUGGAACGGGGUCGAUUACACAGGGUGCAAGGAAGCCAAUGAACAGCAAGGCUACUGCUGUCAAGACUGGGGCUGCAAAGAAGGCAGCCAGUACUACAAGGAAGGGAAAGCGCGCAUCAACGUCUACGCUAAAGCCAAGAAACAAACAUCUCACCACUGCUCGUAAAUAAACGAUCGUUCCCUUCGUUACUUUAAUUAUCUUCAAUGGAAUGCUGUUCAUCAGUUUUUGGUUGCUCGUCUAGUUAUUUCUCAAGCUCCUCUUUGAUCUAUUCUGCUUAUCCUGCGACUAUGCGGUUGAUAUAUUAUCCAGGUUCUAUUUUCUUGGUAUCACUAUCACAUACUAUACUUUGUACGGUUUCAGCGUGUACAAUCUUAUCUGCGUACAUGUACGAUACUUUUUGUAGCUGCAAAGCUAACUUGAGCUGUAGUAUAUUUUGUCCGACUCCGAGUCGAUUGUGACUUACAAUCGAACACAAAUAUUAUUCAAGUCGGUUUUCCCCUUUGCUUCC